AAGAGUUGAGCUAGACACUCCCACGACAUUUCCUUGUUUGUAAAUACACAGCCGAUGCGGAUAAACAGGGCUGUUACUGCUGGGUUUGGAACAUCACUUCAUUGAAAAGGUUUAACCACAUCAACACUGCGUAAUCAUGGCUGCCGUGAGCAAUAUACCUCGUGAAAUACAAGACAGCAUGAGGGAUGUGCUGGAUCGUAGGAUUAAGCUGUCAAUCAAACGCAUGGUUAGACAGGAAGUGCGGGCAGAUAAAGUUGAGAACAAAAUCCUGGCUUUUGCUGCUUGUCGCCUUUUUGUGCUGUCAGCCAAAGUUCCCACAAAAGUAGAUUUCAGCGUCCAUUAUCUGGAUAUUCAAGCAAUUGAGAGCAGAAGAUUAAACCAGCUUUCUCUUUCUGUUGGAGACAAGACUCAUGUAUUUUGUUCCCUGGAGACGGACACAGAAGAGAUCAAUCACAUGAUCAUCCAUAUCGGGACGUCGCUGAAACAAAUCUUUCCAUCAUUCCCUUUAGAACGACUUAUCAAGCGCAUUGAGGUGACUCCUCAGGAGCGCCUCAAGGUGAUGUAUGACAUGAUGAAGGGCAUAGAGAAGAAGGAUGUGGGGCCCUGUGGGGGGUUCUCUCAUAUGUAUGCCUGUAUGUGUGAUUACCACCUACUGCCUUACAGGGAGGAAGUUGCAUGGGAUGUGGAUACAAUAUACCUGUCCCAGGAUUCUAAAGAGUUGUGUCUGAAGGACUUUGACCACUUAGAAGGGAGAGACCUUGUCCCUGUGAUCUCUGCUCUAGAACACAAUUCCUGGUUCACCAAACUAAACAUCAACAAUGUGAAGCUGGUUCCAGAAGCUCAUGGUGAAAUUCUGAAGGUGAUGAAAAAGAAUGCUGUUCUAUCAGAGUUACACAUGACCAACACUGGUAUUAAAGUAGAUUUUGUACAGAAGCUCUCCACAGCCUUAUUAUCUAAUGGAGGGAGUCAGCUGACCAAGUUAGACUUGUCCAACAAUUUACUAGAGGACAGGGGUCUGCUACACCUCACAGGAGCCUUGGUGAAACUGAGUAAAGGGCUAACCUAUUUGAACCUAGCUAAGACGGGCUUGACAGGGAAGGGUAUCGGAAAACUGGCAGAGGCACUCACUUCCAACAAGUCCAUGCCAGGAUCCCUCCAGACCCUCAUCCUAGCUGACAACUCCAUGAAAGGGGAUGACUCAGCUGCACAAUCUCUAUUCAACUUUCUGGCUCAGCCUAAUACUAUCAGCCACCUGGAUUUGUCGAACACUGAUGUCCCAUUGGAUGGGUUAUGUGGAGCUUUGCUGAGGGGUUGUUGUCAGAAUAUUGGUCAUCUCAAUUUGGCAAACAACACCUUCACACAGAAGAAAACUAAAGAAACCAUCAUUCCAUCAUCUUGGAAGAAGUUCUUUGCUAGUGCCUACUCUCUUCAGUGGUUGAAUUUAUCUGGGAAUAAAUUACCACCAGAAGUUAUCAAAGAGUUGUUGUUGGGCAUAUCCAGUAAUGUUACGGUGAACAGUAUGCACCUGGACCUGAGUUCUAAUGAGAUGAAGACAGCAGGUGCACGACACCUCGAGGGCUGUAUCUCCAACAACAACAACAUCACCAGCCUCGACAUCAGUGACAAUGGGCUAGAGCAGGAUCUGUGCAGUUUGCUGGCCUGGAUCCAGCAAAACAGGGGACUGACCAAACUCAGUAUUGGACGGAACUUCAGUGGGCUCAAGUCCAAACAAAUCGGGAUUCUCUUGGAAUCUGUUGUACAGAUGAUUCAGGAUGAGGAAUCUAUAUUAGAGACUCUGUCCCUGGCAGACUCCAAGCUACGUGGAGACACUGCCAUGGUCAUCAAUGCCCUGGGAAGCAACACGUCACUUACAGAACUCGACAUCAGUGGGAACCACAUGGGUGACUUUGGUGCCCGUAUGUUAGCCAAGGCCCUACAGAUCAACACCAAACUGAGAACCGUGUACUGGGACAAAAACAGCACCACAAUCCAAGGCUUUGAGGACAUAGCUGCUGCCUUAGAGAAGAACUACACGCUGAAGAAAAUGCCAGUUCCGGUGAAUGACACAGUGGCUGCCUUAAAACUGCACCCAGAGAGGAUGGAGACAGCAGUACAACAGAUUGAGGCGUUUCUGCAGCGUAAUCACAGCCCACGUAAGUUUGCUUCUGACCAGGCAUACAGAUUACAGCAGGGUUUCCUGAUCAGCUCUACCCAACAGCUGGUUGAUAGGCUAGUGGUACAGGUACAAGAUACGAUGAAUGCCUUGGCCCUAGGAUCGGUUGAGGGAAUUCAGGGGGACUUAGACAGGGCCAGUGACCUCAUCAAAGAUGCUGAGAAAUCCAGACAGAUAUUACCCAGAUUACAAGAAAUAGCGAUACAGUCUCAAAACACUGGCAACCCAGUGCAGGCUAAACUUACCACCAUGGCAAAAGAGCUGAAGGAUGUUCUGGAGCGCCAUCUACAGUGGACUGUGCACGACAUGCUGAAAUCUGCAGAUAGCCAAUGUGUCACAAUCAUGGCAGAUCAGGAGUUCCAUUCCCGGCUAAAUGAAGAGUCUAAGAAAAGAAGUACUUUACCUCCGAACUUUGCCAAAUACCUGCUGGAUGGAGUUGAAACAGAUGUUAUCAAUAAGCUCAGUGAGUGUAACUUAUCAGUGGCAGCCCAUGUGUCUGACAGCGUGAUGGACGAGGUAAUUGACAACCUGUCAAAGAGUCACAAGACCCUGACAAAUCACCUCAAUGUGCAGAAAAGUACCAACAAAAAGGAGACUAGAACAACCAAAGAGACUAAAAAUGAAGUAAAUGUGAUAACUAUUACAGAAGAAGAUAAAGAACCACCCAAAUCUGAGUCCUCUACUUUAGCUGUCAAAAGAAAGAGUUUGUGUCAGAUGAGAAAAAAGAGGCCGCAGUCUGUUGUGGACUGGAAUCACGAGGUUGACAAGAAUGACCUCUCCUGGGAUGAAGGUAAGAAGGCACUGGGCGAAGAUGCAGACCUCCCCACCAACCGGGAUGAGGACGAGAAAGAAUCGCUAAAGUCCAUCUUAGAUGCGCCAUCUAGUGGAGCUAUGGAGAGCCUCGAAAUCAAGGGGUUUAAUUCAGAGGGCAAAGAUGGCUUGGAGGAUACACCUGUCCGGAAACCAGAAGAGCGAGUUGAUAUUGCCAGUUUUGAUGCCCUUCCGGGGAUGAGCGAUGCCCCCAAGCUGAUCCAUGUGAGCAAAGCACGCCCCAAGCGGGUGAAGGCUCAUGCAGUGACACGCCCCACAGCUAAACCCAUCAAUUUGGUGGAGGAUGAAGACUUACAGGUGCCCAACACUAAUUCCUUCUUUGAGAGCAAACCAGUGGAGGGUGUUCCACCCAUGGCACGGACUAUUUCCAAGACAGAUGAAAAUGAGAAUGAGAAGACCUCUGCCUCCAGCUCCAAACCUGAGAAAAAAAAGUGGUCACCAUUUUCUUCUAAGGAUAAAGAAAAGGACAGAGACAAGAAGGAAAAAACGUCCAGUGGAAAGGGAUUCACCAUCGCCAGUUUCUUCUCCAAGAAGCAGCCUUCAGGUAGCCAGUCAAAGCCUAAAGAGGCAGAGAAAAGUCUGUCUGAUGAGGUCAAGGUGGAGAAGAAAGCAUCAUUUAGUGAGAGCACAAAAUCUAAUGGUCCUGUAUCAAGAGAGAAGAAGGCUGAGCCUGUCAAGCCUGUAGAGACGGAGACAAAAUCCCUGUCCCCAGCAGCAACAUCAGAGGUACCAGAGAAGAGUCCCCCUCCAUACACUGGACCUAAAUUACCAUCUGGCCGAGGCAGACUUCUAAUUGGUGGAAACCUGAUGGAGGAAAUGAAACGGAAGCGACUCUCCACCAACCCAGCAAAGACUGCUGAGCUCAGUAGAGAAAACAAAACUGGAAACUUUGCCGAUGCCGAACCUAAACCUUCUGGUGAUGAUCCUAAAGGUGACCAAACAUCCUCUUCUGAAACAAAACCAGUAGAACCUAAGGCUGAAUCACCUCAGCCACAAACUCAGCCUCCCCCGCUUCCAAAAUCACUGGGAACCAAGAGAGAAAAUUCUGCCGAUGCAAAGCUGGUAAAGGGUUUGCCAAAGGAACCGUUAUCUUCAGCGGAGCCCCCAAAAACCCCGGAACACACAUUCAAGGUUUUUGCUGACGCAUCCAAAAUUGUGACUGUGACACCCAAAACAGUGGGAGCUUCACCCAGAAGUUCUGUUGAUUCACCGCAGAGUCAGCAUGACGUACCAAAGGGACCUGAAGACACACCCAAGACAUCAACAGAAGUGCCCAAGACUCCCCCUGACCAGCCCAAAUCUGAUCCACCCACCACUCCAGAAAGUGCGCCCAAAAGUACAGAACCCAAGGGAGAGUCUGGAUCUAAUGUACUGCCUGAGCCAGCUCAAGCCAAUAUGUCACAGAGAUCCAAACCAGAGGAGGAGAACAUAGCUGAACCUCCAAAACCCAAAUCUACUGUACCUCAGCGCCCUGUUCCCAAACCCCGUGCCCGACCACCCCCUCCUGUCACUGAGGAGAAAACUUCAACUACAUCGGUGUUACCUAAAAGGACAGUAGCUGCAAAACCCACCCCACCACCAGUUAGCUCCAAACCCAAACCUAUGCUGCCAAGCAAACCCCGAUCAACUGUGUCACAGAAAAACUCUUCUGACGAGAGCAACAAAUUAAAAGAUGCAUUAAAUAAAGUUGAGCCUGCCCCAGCCUCUUCAAGCACCCCCAGUGGGAUAGUGUAUGAUUCUAGCACGCUAAGGUUAAGUGUGAAGGGCAAAAUUAAGAAACUUGGGCUGGAGAAAAAGAUAGUGGAAGAUGAAACAGAGAAAGGAAAAGCUCCAAUAGAGCCCUCAAAGCGGGCCAGUUCUGAGCCUCGUGAGGGGCCCCCAACCACCAAUGAUCAGACAGCUGAUCCCAAAGCAGGACACCUCGCAGUGCUUUGCAGUGUUGAACUCUGUGGAAGCACACAGUGUUGUAUGGUUAAAUACCGGUGUUUAAGCAGCACGGUGUUUAAUGGGGAGAAAACUGUACUCUGAAGGCCACCUCACCUGUGGAGACUCAACAAGAGUUAAGGCAAGUUGACAUUCACGGAGCAGAAAACAGCGUGAAUAUUGUACGUAUAAAUGGUCUGGUUCCAGAUUGAAAAUGCCAUGACACAACAGAUUAUUGUCUAAAACUGAAGAAUUGGAAUGUAAACUGACAGCCAAAAGAAACUUUACACAGAGUUCAAAUCAGUUUAUUUUGCCAAAGCAAAAAACAGGAUGAUUGAAGACCAAUGACUUUAGAUAGUGAAAGUCUGGAGUAAGAACGGACAGAGCAGCACUAAAAUCAUUUUGCAAGUGAACAAACAGAGCAGCGAUAGAAAAGAUUCGUAGGUAGUAGGAAUUCAUUGCCAUUCAUCUUGGAGAGCGAACGCCAGUUCUUGUCGGUUGCCUGCAAGGCGUGGCCGUUGUCUUACACGAUGACCCAUGAUAUCCCAAAAGUGUUCUGUGGGGGAUAUAUCUGGGGAACGUGCAGGCCACGGCAAGACGUUGACCUCGUUGGCCUCCAGGAAGUUCUGCACAACUCGAGCUGCAUGGGGUCUGGCGUUGUGAUGUGGUACAGGACAUCACGUGGCUGCUAUUGAAGGAAUGGCAGGACAACAGGAUGUAGAAUUUCAUCCACGUAAUGUUGAGCUGUUAGGUUCCUGUAGAUGAUGACCAGUGGUGUCCGUUCCUCUCCACAAAUCACACCCCACACCAUCAUGCUGCGGCCACCAAAAGGUACCACUUCCUGGACGCAUGAUGCAGCUGUUCGUUCCCCUCUUCAACUCGCUUUCUGCCAUCGGCUAGCAACAGGCAGAAACGGCUUUCAUCCGUGAAAACAACACGUUGCCAAUCACGUCACUGCCAACGGCGUACAAUUCGAGCCCAUCGCAACCUCUGGCAAAGAUGUUCGGCUGUCAACAACUGCCCUCUGAAUGGUCGAUAGGCCCUAAUUCCGUGAGCCAUGAGUCGCCUGGACACGGUCUGCUGACUGACCCCGUGACCUAAGGCAUUGAUUGACGAUGACGUCACUGUCCGGAAGCGGUUUCUUAGGUGAUUAGGUCUUCUCUGGACGUAGUUACCCAAGGCCUGCCUGUUCUUGGCCUGUCCGAUGUCUGCCCUGUCUGUCUGUAAUGUUGCAUCAAGUUUGACACAGUUACACAACAGCAGCCGAAGGUCCUUCCAAUGUGGGCAUGGAUGGCUCCCAUGGAUACCAUACCCAGGGCCUUCUUGUGUUGUUCUGGAGUCAAUCGAGGCAUUACUUUGGUGGUUUUCAGUCAGUGUGCUAGUCCAGCACACUGUGUGUAACAUUUUUAUACACUUAUUACAUGUGCAGUUGUGACCAUUCAUGGGUCACGUGAUUUUUCAGCUUUCUUCAUUGUCUCAAAACAAAUUUGUGUGUCGCACAUUGGAACAUGCUUCGCACAAUGUUUUCCUACAAUAAUUUGGUAUUGAUUUGCUGAAAAGGCUGGUUAAAUUUAACUCACGGAGUAGUAAAGUUUCUUUUGGCAGUCAGUUUAUUAUGUGUUUCCCUACACAACACAGCCUGUCCAGACAGUUAUCGACGUAUCCUCUCUCAUUUCCUUGUCGGCCUUAUUUCUUGUCGGGACCUACCAUUUCAAGUGGACCACAGAUACUUAACACUGUCAUGCAGACACAAAUUCAAGGUGCUCAGUUCUGGUCUGAGGUGUAGCUGUGUAGUGUCAUGCUGUUACUGCCCUGUGCCAGACAGUUCAAUCUACUGUAGUUUUGUUGUGUAGUGCUUUUCUCUUACAAAUACUUCGCAGCUUUGUGCUAAUUAAUAUUCUGUGAUGAUACUGAUCGAUAUACAGGUGAGAAGACAUUUACAUCUCUGACACUAGUGGUUUGGAGAUGUCAAAUACUGAAUUCUGAAAACAGGCCUAGUUGCCAUCCAAGGGAAUAUAUGUUUUGACAUUUAGCGUAUGUUUACCGGUGAGUAAACAUAUGAUCAGAAGUACUGAAUGGUUAAAACAUAUGUUUGUACAGUGAAAUAGUAUGGCAUUGAACACUGGUAAAUACUGGUAUUGCACUCAGAGAAAAUUCUAGGCCUGUGAUUUGUCAAUCCGCCUGUAUUCUCAAAGAUCAAUAUUUUCACGGCCCGAAGGGCACAAAUAUCAGACCAUAUACCCAACCAGCACGCUGGUAUAACUUAUAAUGUAAAUUUGUACAAAUGUAUUUUAUGAAUAUAACAAUGUCGAAUAGAACUUUCAGGGUGUGUGUACCAAGUACAGCUUUUUUUCCAUACUUCUAGCUUGACUUCAUUGUUUCUUGAAAUAUAUUAAUGUUUUUAAUAAUUUGUGCCUUCAGGGUCUUCCUGGUAAUGCAUAAAUCUGUUCAUGAGCUGCAUGCAAACAUUCUCCUUUUCUUUUCAGGAGGAAGGUAUUUUUUACUAUGAAUUAUUUUUAUGUUUCCAGAUUAUGUUUGGUAUGGCUCGUAUUGCCAUUUAUCUUUUAAUUGAAUUGUGCAAAUGUUUAAAGCCAUAGAGUUUUCCUAUUGAUGAACUUGGGAGAAAGUUUUAUACAUUUUUGGAUACCGUCACCAUAUUUCAGUAAAAAAUUCUUGAGUAUGAUGUGAAACUCUAAUUAAAUAAAUAAAUACAGGUCUGGAUGAUGGAUAUAUUUUAGGCCAAAAUCCUCUGAAUACGAAGAAGAAAGGAUGAAAUUAAGAUGUGACCAUGUUAGUGUUUCACAAAAAUCAGCUUAAGACAGGUGUCAUCACUGAUGUGAUUUCUUUCUUAUGCAUACUUAAUUACACCGGUAAAUUAGAAUAAAGCACAGAUGGUAACAAUAGUGGAGAUUUUCAGAUGUCUAUCUUAUCAGGAUGUGUAAAGGUGGCUAGGCUGAAAGUUGACAUCAAAAUGUUUCUCUGGUAAAUGCUAAUAUUGCAUUCUCAUUUCUUUCAGAGACUCGCCCAGUGUCAAUGUUUUCUGGUGACUCGUCCAUUACUUUGUCACCGACCAAUGGGGUGAAGGACUCCCCUGCGCCUGACCAAUCAGAUGGUCCAGAAUUGGUGGACAAAGUUGGAGCUUUAAAGGAG